AUGAGACCUCUUCUGCUCCUUCUUCUGCUUCUGUCGGUCGUCUCCAACGCCUUCAGCAGCCACGACCGCCACCAUCGCGCCGUCGCCGUCGAGAAAGCAUUCGGAAACUGGAAUCUGAAGCGUAUUCGACGUCAAGACGUCGACCAGGCCUUCUUGAAGAACAUCCCGCGAGACCACGCCGACAAGGAAGAUUCUGUGGAGGCCAUUCUGAUGCGACUCCGUAACGACGACGAUAAGAAGAAGAAGAAGAUCCACCGGGAAUAG